AAGCCUUAGCUGAACGAAACUUGACACAGUUGACCGCCGCGGCCAUGGAUUUCCGAGAGUUCCUGAAGAGGUACAAGGUUAAGGACCUUCCGCUGCCAAAGGCCUUGGUGACGCUGAAGCAGUCUCAGGACGGCCUCUUCAGCGCUAUACAAGCGCUUUCGGAGCAUCACCUUCUUUCUGCCCCAGUGGUGGAUGAUGAUGGAAAGCUGGUCACCAUCCUGGACACCCUGGACAUUGCUGCCUACAUCGUGGAAAUGGAGGCAGCAGGGAAGAAGGCGCUGUCCGACGAGAAGCUUGAAAAGCUGCUGGGACGGUGCAAAAACAGGACCUCUUGUGUCACAGCGGAGGAAGGCCUUGACAAGGUCGUGGAGAGUAUCCUUGGCGAGGGGCGGCGUGCGGUGGUGUUGAGUGAAGGCAAGCCGGAAAGCAUCAUCACCCACUCCACCGUGGUGACCUUUUUCAACAGCAAGCUCAAGGAGAUUGAGGCAUUGGUCGCCCCGAAGAUGGCACAGGACAUUUGCACGCCUCGCGUCGUCACCAUCCACGAUCAUGCCACUGCACUGACGGCCUUUCAGACGCUUGUGGCGCAAGGACUCUCGAGUCUGAUCAUCACAGAUGAUAGCGGCGCUGCGAUCACUGUGGUUUCAGCCACGGAUCUGGUUAUGGCAUUAGGACAUGAAGACGACAAAUCCGCCAUCCUUUCUGAAUUGCGAGACAGAAACGUUGUCUUCUUUGUCGGUGACAGCCGGAAGCCCGACAGACACUUUAGCCACACGCGGGCGCCCAUCAUCUCAGUGAGCAAUGAGACGCCGAUGUCGAUGGUGAUCGAGAAGUUCGCCACCACGCGGGUGCACCGCAUGCUGGUGGUGCCCGCAGGUAGCCGGAAGCCUGCGGGGGUGCUAUCUUUGCUGGACAUUUGUAAGGGCCUCACCAGCGGAGCCUGAAAGGCUGUCCUGUGGCUCUCGGCGCAUUUGAAGCUUCCGCUCUUCUUUUCUGAGUUCCUGAGGGCUUCUGGCACCUGCCGUAGGCGAUGGAUCAGCAUUGAAGUCGCGGACUCGCCCUGGACUGCGCCUUGAAGCGCUGAAAGCCGAGUCUUGGAGGCCAUGAUUUCUGUGCAGCUUCUUGCGGCUAGCUUUUUAUGAAAUUUCAGGGGUCCGCGGCAGAAGUUACCGGGGAUCUUUGCCAAUCGGCCAAGUGGACGGGCCUUGGACCAGGUUCCAAGCCACAGGGACGUGGGCCUGGGCUCAGGACGCGCAUCAGACUACGAAAACCUAAGG